UCAUUCGGAGCUCUCAUUCACACGAACCUACAGUACCCCGGACAAGUGCGGCUUGGUAGUACUAUGUUUCAUUGUUGCAUUCGCAAGUUUAGCCUGGGCUAACUUCUGCGGGCAAUUGACUGUAUAUGGUUUCUUCUUCGUAUACUGUUAUUUUGCGUAUAUCCGCAGCUUCUUAAAUUCCACUGUUCAGACAUCCAACCUGUUACAAUACAGAUUAAAAGUUGCAUUUCACAGCGUUGCUUUAACCAUUUCGUUGUUAUGUCUUCUCAUAAUAUCACCAAUCCACGUCAUUAUGCCGACACCGAUGGACCUCUUGGUACCUUACGCUACAUCCCCCGUCUAUCGACCUACGAAGGUUGUGUACGAUGCGGGAGAAGGAGCCGCAGUUGACAUUUUUGCCAUCCACGGUCUUGGCUCGAACGCAGAAAGCGCCUGGACCCAUAAGAAAGGCAAUGACGCCGAGGUCAACUGGCUCAGCGAUCUCCUACCACAAGUUGAGGGCCUCCAGAAUACCAGAAUUGUAUUGGUCAACCACCAAACACGGUGGGAUUCGGAUGUCGCCGAGAAGGGAUUUCAUGAUCAUGCAUCUGAGCUACUAGAGCAUAUCCAGGAUAUCCGUAAGGCUCAUCCUCGGCGACCCAUAGUCUUCGUCGCACACAGCUUUGGGGGGCUGCUACUAAAGAAGGUCCUGCUUCUUGCUAAAGCCAGACCAACCGAUAUAGCGUCAAUGACGAAGGGAAUUAUUUUCCUAGGUGUGCCUCACAUAGGUAGCAGAUCUGCCUUCUUCGGGUCAUGUUUAGCCUGCAUGGCAUACUAUCGCGGCUCCUCGUCAAAGCUACUACAACUAAUGACCAUAGAGAGCCAUAGCCUCCUAGACCUUGAAUCCGAGUUUUACGACGCAUAUGUGACCCGGUAUCAUUCGGAGGACGUCCAGCCGUAUAUCUGCGAUAUUUUUGAAAGGAGACCAACAAAGGUUGGAAAGCUCUCGUUGGGUCCGAUAGUCAGUCCGGGACCCGGCCAGCCUCGCCACGGCAAGUUGCUCGCUCUUGAUACCGAUCAUCGUGGCCUGAAUAAAUUCCAGUCGCACGACGAUCCGAAUUUCCAUACCUUUCUGAUGGUCCUCCGGCAGGCAUACGAGUACGCAUUACACCGAAGCUUUCCCCCAGAGAAGGAAUCCCCUCCUCUAGUGAAGCCUAUCCCGAACGAGUCUAUUCAUACCAACCAUACGAUAGCGAAGCAAGAUAUGCUGGCUACAGCGGGAAAUGGCUUGUCUUGGAUAAAGAUGAGUGCAUUUGCUGUCACCUGUCUGUAUGGCCUAGAGGAAUUAGUGGCCUCAUGGUUGACUAGAAAUGGAGAGGUGGCUGGCAUCGACUUUUCAUACGUAAUAAGACUGUGCGCCCUGUGGUUCGAAAGAGAUAAAUCUCUGUAUGGCAAUCAGUUCAUUGUGCGCGUUUUGAAAUUGGCAAUUUACGGGGGGCUCAUUCACGUACCGUUACGCGACACCCUGCUAUGGAUUUUGAACAUAUGCUUCCAAGGUCAUACGGACAUGGCUUCCCAGGUUCUCCGGCUGGGUAUUAUCAACCUGUUGAUUGUUCCUUUUAUGAGCAUAGUCUACAUCAGCGCCAUGGCCUAUAUUCUCGGCUCCCGCGACGCCCAAAGCGUCCGUAGCACAAUACGCGCCCGAUUUUGGCAUAUACUGGUUAUCACUUGGCUACUGCGGUUCGCCGAUCUGUAUAUUCGAUACGAAGGAUCUCUCCCUAUCGACUUCUGGGCGCCCUGUUAUAGCGUCGUGUACUUCCUCGUUAGCAUUUAUAUCAAUGCUAUGAUCAAGGUAGCGUGGUUAUCGAUACCGCACGGAAGCGAGAGGCCCCCGGGCUUAACAACGCCCCCCAAAACACGAUCCCGUCGCUGAACCAGGACCCAGAUAAUAAACAAGCCGAGCCUGAUACACAGGCGACAUCAUGGACUUGCCAAUUCACACGCGCAGGCCUGAACUGAGAAGGGGUAGAAUAGGCUUCCGUUAU